AUUCCCCGCUUGAGCUAAACGGUGACAAUACCAACGACAUCAUUGUUGCGACAUCGCAUGCCCUAAAGCACCACGACGCUUGAAAGGUUCAGACCGCUAUAUCACCACACUACGAACAAAUAUCCGCUUCAGUGCAUUGCCGUUCCGAGAGCAGCAACAGCCGCAAGACGCCGCCCGCAGCCAGCCUGCCCGCCAAAUUACUACCAACACAGCCGUUGAACCGCACAUGGAGUGAAACCACUCCAAGCAACAUGGCCGAACCGGGAAUAUCCAACUUUACAUCCGUCUUCCGCGCUGGCGAGCGCAACAGAAUUCGCCGCAACCGCCUUGCAGUCUCAUGUACCGCAUGCCAACGGCGCAAGUCGAAAUGUGAUCGCCAACAGCCGUGCGGUGCCUGCGAGAAACGCUCCGAAGGCCCGUCAUGCAAAUUUAGCACAGUGGCUGAAGGAUCGGGCUCGUCCUCGGGAGAUAGACGACAAGUCCAGCUCAAGCUGAAUAAGCUAGAGCAAAUGGUCCGAACGAUGGCCGAGAACGAGGCCGUCAACAGCACGCCGAGCUCCAAAUCACACGAAACGGCGCACACGGGCGAUAUAUCGAAUGGGCUCGCUACAGGAGACGUUGGCAAGAUCAACGGAGAGGAAGAAGGACAUAGUUAUAAGGGUGCGACGGCUUGGACGAACAUUGUCGACAGCAUUCGAGACCUACAAGAUCUGCUUGACAGCAAUGAGGACCUUCGUCACCCUGCGGAUGACGAUCGAUUCGAGGAGGCCGAUCCGUUUCUGGGCCAUGCAUCAAGCAUCACUCUACAAGAUGUUUUGGACCUUCUCCCCUCUCGACAAGAUUCCGACUUGUUGAUCUCCAGCUACUUCAACGCCAAGUUCCAGGCGAUCCCAUUCAUCCACACGCAUCAGUUUCAGCGAAAGUAUGAGGCUUUCCUUAAAGAUCCAGCUUCGGCCGGUUUUCUCUGGAUCAGCAUUCUAUUUUCCAUUUUGUGUGCUGGUGCCAAAAUUGCUCGCUUCAAGUAUGCCGGUAACACGUCUGUAUUAACGACCGUCAGACAUCCACAGGUCUACACCACGGCUUCAGUGCAAUGUCUGGUAGCCGGUCAAUAUCUCAAGAACAAGGCGGGUUCUGUGGAAGCUGUACUGAUGCACGCUCAUUCGAGAAAUGUGCUGCGGCUGGACUCUGAUGCUGUCAUUUGGGCCAUGUAUGGCCUAGCGGUGCGUUUGGCUCAGCGACAAGGCUAUCACCGAGAUCCUCUCAAGAUCAUCCCAGGCAUUACACCCUUUGAAGCAGAGAUGCGACGACGUGUCUGGUUUAUGAUCCAAUCCUCUGAUCUUCUAUUUUCAUUCCAAAACGGCAUGCCUGCUAUGGUCUGGGAGGGUGCCUGCGAUGCACCGCACCCUACUAAUCUUACGGACGACGACUUUGACGAAGACACGGAGAUCAUGCCUCCACCAAGAGGCUUAAUUGACCCAACACCAAUCUUGGCUUACUGUACAAAGGCAUACAUGACUCCAUUGAUGCGUGUUAUUAUGAGACAUGCCUUGGCUGUAGAACUGCCUCCGUACUCUGAGACGAUCCGCCUCAACAAGGCCCUUGACGAGUGGUUUGAAUCCAUUCCAAGCUGCCUUAGAUAUCGACCGAUUAUGAGCACUUCAUUCACAGAUCCUACAUAUACCAUUCUGCACAGGCUCAUGCUAGAGCUUGUGUAUCGCAAAUGCCAGAUGGUCUUAAAUCGGCCUUAUCUUAGCUUAUACAAAGACGACCCGAAGUACUAUGAAUCCCGGCGCAUUUGCCGCGAGGCAUGUUCUAUACUACAAAACUGGCAAGUCGAGCUAGACAUUGCAACAAGUCCCGGUGGAAGAAUGCACCAAGAUCGAUUCAUGGUGUCCGGACUCACCAUACAGCACUUCCUCAUCGCGUCAACGAUUGCCUGCCUAGACGUGACUGAAUCCCACGAUCUUAAUCCCUCUGAGCGUCAACAGCGCAUCAUCAUGUUGCACAAGAGUCAAGAGAUUUGGUCAAGGGCCGGCGCCGAGUUUGAAGAUGCACGCCAUGCCGCAAAGCUCCUCCGUGCUGUUCUAGUAAAGGUCGAUAGUCCGAGCACUGCGUCAGAAGCAGAUACUCCGUUCCCGCCACCGCAAAUGUCGCGGAUCAUUCAGGCGACAGGCCAAGGUCUCCGAAUUUCAGAUGACGCGAGUGUGGCUCAAGACCCAGCCUUCACCACUCCGUUUCCCGAGGGCGACUAUCCAAUCAAUUUCGACCAGGUUCCGGAUUUGAACGACUUGUUCUCAAGUACAGAAGCAUUAAACUGGAAAUCCAUCGACCAGUACCUUCGGCUUGACCAAGCAACUGAUACGAAUUGGUCCGACAUGCUACCAUAAGUAUUGACGAUCUUCACCGCCGGCACCCUCGAAAUCCAUACGUGGCCCAGGGAGGAGGCCAUGUUUAGGCCGCGAUACAGGUCCGCAGGGCACGGAGGGGGCCACAGGAGGCCAUGGGCCCGGCCACUCCCACGGCCUUGGGCUUGGGACCACAUCAAACUUGGUCGCCUAUGUUUUAUCAAAAGAUCCACUAAUAUCAAGCUCUUCUUUAAGUCUUGAGGGCUGCAAAUGUGGCGGGCUCGUUCAUUUCACUUGUGGAAACAUGUAGCGAGCUGCCGGCCCAUGCCAUUCAUGCGCACUGAUGGUGGAUACAGUUUGCACGGUCUGUUUUUGUUUUGAUUUGCUUUUGAUAGUUGAGUAAGCCCCUUGCACAAAGGGUCUAGAGGUUCAAUAAUGGUAUACAGAACAGGGGAGAAAGACUCAGGUCUCUAUUUGACACGGCAGAUACUCAGUGAGGCACGACACAAUAGACAUUUCCAGAUAAUAUGAUUAUAAGAUAAAAAUAAAAGACAAGCUAUAUAUCGGACGCUUCCCAUAAAUCAACUCCCAAUGCUCAGCUCAUUAAAACACCAACAAAAAUAUCUUACUUUUUUUAUCGUAACAUGGCUCAAAAAAGAUGACAUACAUAGCUUAAGAGGCAAUUCCACGCAAGACGCGAGCAGGGUUUCCUGCUACAACCGUAAAUGGAGGCACAUCCUGUUAUGGACCCGUUAGUAUGACCACAAUAAACACAUUUACUAUGCGACCUUCUAGAACGUACCUUUGUAACAAUGGAUCCAGCUCCAACCGUGCUUCCCUUGCCAAUAGUUCUGCCAGGCAGAAUAGUUGCACCACCGCCAAUCCAGCAGUCUUGCUCAAUAACAACGGGUCGUCCGUACUGGGGGCCUUGGCCACCUUGUCUCUUCUUGGGGUCAAUGGGGAGAUUUGCGGUGUAGAUGCUUACAUUGGGACCAAUAACACAGUUGUCACCAAUGCGAACCUCACAAACAUCGUUAAUGGUGCAGUUGCGGCCAAUAACGACAUGAUGUCCAAUGGAGAUGUUGUAGCCGUAGUCGGUGUUAAACGGGGUCUCCACAGCCACAUGACGGCCGACACGGCCAACGUUUGUGACGGGCGAUGCUUCCGAGGGGGACACUCUAACCGGGUCUCUUGGUUGCAAGAUCUCAAGGAAGAGACGAGCACGCUCGUCGGGUGAAACACCAUUGGUAGGAGGAGCGGUGAGGUUGUUGAAUCUCCAGCAUGCAGUAGCACAACGCUCACGCUCGAGGCAAAGUUCCUUGUCAAAGGCGUAGAAAUGUCUGCCAGAGAGCAUUUCUUCCUUUUGCGUUCGUCGCUGGGGAUACUGAGGAUGCUGUAGCGCGAGCUGAGCAGCUACCUGGGGGUUAGAUGUAGGACCCAUCGAUGGGUGUCUGUUGGGGCUGUUUGUGCGUCCCGAAUGCAACAAUGAUAUCUGAGGUAGGCGGUCGCUGUGCUCGUUUCUUCCGUGCUCUAAUCUUCCGUGUUCGGCUCUUACGUGCUCUGCUCUGGCGUGUUCUGCUCUGGCAUGCUCUGCUCUGGCGUGCUCGGCCCUGGUGUGGUCCCCUCUGCCGUGAUCUCCUCUGCUCAGUUCAUGAAGUGGAGGCACUCGCUGAUAUUCCUUGCCCAUUCUAUCAAACAAUGGCGGCUGAGUGUUGGCACUAACAGGAGUGGGGAAAGCAUUGGCCGGUGUGUAUGGAACGUUGGAUAAUUUAUGGUCGGGGCUAGCGACAGACGCGCUUGCCAAUGUCGACGCAGUAUGGCGGUCGUCAUCGGUCAUCAAGGGACGGCCUUGUGGUGGGUCGAUGCGGAGGGGCUGGCCACGAUAGUGCGGCAAGGGUUCCCGCUUCAAAGGCUGCGCGCCGUACAUGCCGGGUUGCGGCAUGCCAUAUGCACCAGGCGGGAUGUAACUGGGGUCCUUGGACUCAAGUGGGAUAGCAACUGCCUUGUUAUCGAGCUUGGACCCGGGCCAUGUACCGCGAUGUGGUGGAUAGCCCGCGCAGACAAAUCCCCCUCGGAUGCAGUUGUUGCCUAGAAUUCAAAGGUUAGUAAAGAUAAAUGAUGCAACGAACGAUGGAACAUCAGCCAGCUUGAAAUCUGGAAGAGAUGGGCUUACAUUCAGGCUUCUGCUCGUCACACUUCUUCUUUCUCUUACGACAAGUUAAGCAUCCAGUUUUGGUUCGGUUGCUAAAAUUUCUCUUGCGCUUCUUCGGGUCAUGUUGAAGAAUACCGUCCCCGCGCUGUUCGCCAGAGUAGUUGUUGCCAAACCCAGCAGGUCUGUCCUCAGCUUCGGCGCUAGUGUUGCUAUAUUCACUUUCAGCGCGGCGUCGAGAGGGGUCAGAGCCCUGUUCAUCAUGCAGGUCGUUGGUAGGAGAAGUGGCCUUUUGUUGCUCGUCGGUAGGUUCUUGGCCUUCUCUGCGUGAAUACCACGAGUCCUGGUCUCGCUGGUCGCCGUAUUGCCUAUUCUCGCGCUGCGGGGUGGCAUAACUCUCCUGUUCCGUAGAUUUGGCGGGAUUAGCAGUGACCGGAGACUUCUCUUGCGUAGGGCCGUCAGCGGGUGUCGGUUCUGCAGACUCGGAUCUCUUGCGUUUGUUUGAGGAUUCUGUCUCUGAUCCAGCAGAGGCAUUAGCAACGGGUCGGUCCGGGCCUUGAGUUGGCCAGCUUUCUCUAGCAUUGCCAGUAGUCUCAGUAUUUGCUUGACUAGGCGAGGUAAUUGCGCUUCCGGGUUGUUCGGCGGCGGCUACUUUGGGGGUCUCGGUAGCGGAAGGGCUGUCAGAGGUAGGCGCAGCCUGCGUCUCCGACUUUGGCGAGCUUGCAGCGCCGUUUAACGCCUUAAAUGUUGACAUGGUGCUCGGUGCUGAAUUAAUGCGGUUUAGCAAGUGGUGCGGAGUUGGGAGGGUGUCUGCUGGAGCGAGCGGGUAGGCAGCUGCGCAACCCUUGGCUAGGCUUCAAAUGGGAUGCAACGAGUGUAAAUCUUGUUCAGCAGUGGAUGGGCUCGCUUCAGCUCGUAAUUCAAAAGCAAAGGGGCUGAAUUGUCGGUGCUGAUCCAGGCGGCGGUUGCGGCUAGGCAGGUAAAGCUGCUGCGGACCUAAGCUGCGGCUACUGACGCAAUGCGAGCACGCAAAGAUCUACUCUGCAGAAAAGCGCACAGCAAUGAUUUCGGGUAGCAAUGGUUGUUUUCUGCUUUUUUGUAAAGAUAUAUUUAACUUCCGAAUAGGUUUUCCGGUAUCGAGUAUUGGCGGUUGUGGCGGAGAAUUUGCCGCGCCGUCGACGAUUUCAGCGUGCAAAGAAAAACUCCGAAAGGUGGAAACGAAGCCGUCGGCGGCUUUGCGAUGGUUACUGAAGAGGAUCCGACUGGACGCAAGCAGGCAUGGUCGAGACAAUCGGGAGCAGAACAAUGGGAAACCACUCUUGCUGGCCGUUGAAUAUGAGGUUUCUGCGAUGCGGUUGUGUAGUUGAGAGGUUGGUGUGCCGGCGGUUGGGAGCAGGAAGGAAGCGUGCAGGGUGUCGGAGGAGGAGUGGGAAGAGAGGGCAGU